AAUAAAAAAAUAAAUAAAAAGUAAAAAUCAAAACUUCCAACAAAAGUCUUUUAAGCGAAAUAAAAACAGUGAACAACAAAAACAAAAUCUCACGCCUUAAAAAAACAAAAACAAAAAACCUAAAAUAAAAAAUUAAAAUAAAAUAAAGAAGCAGCCAGCUUUAACAAACAACACAAUCAUUUAAACAAAGACAAGAAAAGUGCUGGGGCUGCAAGUUGGGGAUUGUGCUGUUGUUACUGUUACUGCUGUGGCUGCUGCUGUAGUUUGAGCUUUUUUUGUGCUGGUUAGAGUAACAGAAUCCUUCAAAACGGCGACCAUAACGAACUCCGCCUUAGCAAUGAGCCAACUGGGCACAGUGUAUGCCACCAAACGGAGGCGACGUAAUGGCAAAAGUUUAAAACCUCCUCCCAAAGAUGGCGUCACAAAAAGUAAUCCGUCAAAACGUCAUCGAGAACGUUUAAAUGCUGAAUUAGAUUUAUUGGCUUCAUUGCUGCCAUUUGAACAGAAUAUUUUAAGUAAAUUGGAUCGACUGAGCAUUUUAAGGCUGUCUGUUAGUUAUUUAAGAACAAAAAGUUAUUUUCAAGUUGUUAUGCAUAAGGAUAAAGAAGAAAAUGGUAAUAGUGUCUUACCUCAUAUACACGCACAUGAUGGCUAUCGGACACGAGAGCUGGGAGCUUUCGAACAUGGUCUAUUAGAUGGUGAUAUGUUCCUGCAGGCUUUAAAUGGUUUUCUCAUGAUACUCACCUGUGAUGGCGAAGUAUUUUUUGCCACCCACAGUAUUGAAAGUUAUUUGGGGUUUCAUCAGUCCGACAUUGUCCACCAAUCGGUGUAUGAACUGGUGCACUCCGAAGACCGUGAGGAGCUGCAAAGACAACUACUAUGGAAUUCCUUUUUACCAGCCGACAUGUCGAGUAUGCAAUUGGCCGAGACUUUGGCUCCCGACAAGACCAUCUAUUUGGAGCGCAGCUUCACGGUAAGAUUUCGAUGUCUGCUGGAUAAUACCUCGGGUUUCUUGAGACUGGAUAUACGGGGCCGCAUUAAAAUACUGCAUGGCCAGAAUCGUAAAACCGAAGAACCUCCUUUGGCUUUGUUUGCCUAUUGCACGCCAUUCGGACCACCCAGUUUGCUGGAGAUUCCUCAUAAAGAAAAUAUGUUCAAGUCUAAGCAUAAAUUGGAUUUUUCUUUAGUGUCAAUGGAUCAAAGGGGCAAACAUAUUUUGGGUUAUUCGGAUGCGGAACUGGUGCAUAUGGGUGGCUAUGAUUUGGUGCACUAUGAUGAUUUGGCUUAUGUGGCCAGUGCUCAUCAGGAAUUGCUUAAAACUGGUGCUUCCGGCAUGAUUGCCUACAGAUACCAAAAGAAAGAUGCUGAAUGGCAGUGGCUGCAAACUAGCUCCCGUUUGGUUUAUAAAAACUCCAAGCCAGACUUUGUGAUUUGCACACAUCGUGUGUUAAUGGAUGAGGAGGGCUAUGAUUUGUUGGGUAAACGCACCAUGGAUUUCAAAGUCAGCUAUUUGGAUACCGGUUUAGCUUCCACCUAUUUCUCGGAGGCUGAUCAAUUGGUGGUGCCGCCCAGUAGUUCUCCCAACUCCUUGCCUCCUCCCGUCACACCCACAAGACCCAAUAGAAGAUACAAAACUCAGUUAAGAGACUUUUUGUCCACCUGUAGAUCCAAACGCAAAAUGCAGCAACAAACUCAGCAAACCUCUCCUCUGGGACAGGUCUCCUCACCCGCUCCUGUGGUAGAAUAUCUUCCAGAUCCUGCGGUGGCUGUGGCGGCCGCUUACUCCAAUCUCAAUCCCAUGUAUACAACUUCACCUUAUGCCACUGCAGCCGAUAAUAUUUAUAUGGGCACUUCGGUGCAUUCCACCAAUUUCUAUCCAGUAACCGAAAAUCUUUUCCAUCAAUAUCGUCUGCAGGGUGUGGGCGGUUACUAUGCUGAUUAUCAUCAUACGGCAGCUCCCGCCUCUGCUUAUGUGGCCAAUGGUUUUCUGUCCUAUGAUGGUUAUGCCAUAACCUCCAAAGAGGAAAAAUGGCAGGAUACGGGCAAAUACUAUAGCGGCUAUAGUAGUGGCUAUGGCAGUCCCACAUCCACACCACAGCAAGUUCCUUUAAAAACGCCAAAGUCUUCACCUCAUGUCAUGGAAGUGGUAUCCUGUUCAUCGGAUGGUCCCUCUCCGGUGGCAGGCUCUGUGAAUAGCCUUAAUAAUCCUGCUAAUAACUCUGCGAAUGGUGUUGUGGUGACACCCAAAGUAGAAUUAACACCCCAGGAUCCCUAUGAAAGACAAACUGUUUUAAUGUGGGGCUCUCAGUCCAGCGGUGUGCCCAUUAAUAGUCUACACAAUUCCACAAAUCGUCAAAUCUCUGCUCAUGCCGAACGUUCGCCACAAUCUACGCCUUUAACAAAUGGAGGCGGUCUUAGUUAUGCCAAUAGUGAACCAGAAAACACCAACAAAUGGAAUGGUUCCACAAAUAACACGGCGACAACAAAAGAUGCUAAAAGUGCUUCCACUCCUGAUAGCUAUCAAAUGCAUCAUGAUGAUUCGGGCCUGUACUCAGCCUCAUCGCACACCACCUCUCCCCAGCAUAGACUCAGCAGUAGUGGCAGCAGUACGGGUGGUGUGCCAGGCGGAGGAGCAAGUGGCAGUCAUAAUACGGUGGCUGAAAGUCUUUCUACUAGCUCAGCAACAGCACAUCAUAGCAAUCAUCAAGCCACUGCACCCACAACACCAGCACCUACGCCAGCUACAGCUACUACCGAAAGCAAUAGCCUAAUGGCUGGGCCACAACUGGCCAACACACAUGCAAUGCACCAAUCACAACAGCAACAACAACAACAAACUCACACAACACAUCCGCAUCCGCAUCAUCAUCACCACCACCACCACCCUGCCCAUCAUCCGCAUUCGCAUCAUCAUCAUCAUGCAGCAGCCAGCUCUAAUAGCACCUCAGCAACCACCCCCAAUGGCAGUGAGGUAUGGAGUCCUGCAUCCUAUGCAACCCAAUAUGCUUCACAAUAUUUCUCUUAUGCCCACCAUGCUCACGCUCACCACCAUCACCAUCAUGCUCACGCUCAUGCGGCAACGGCUGCCAGCAGCAGCAACAGCACCAUCACCACUACGGCACCUCCACCACACAUUAUUUCGGGUGUAGAGACCUCAACUGAGCCUCCAGAACGUUCAGCAUCUUCCGUUCUGGUACGGCCACAACCAAAUUCAAUCAUGAUCAGUCAACAGUCACAACAUCAGCAAAACCAACAACAACAACAUAACCAUCAAAUCUUACAACUCAGUGCAUACAAUCAACAUUUACAACCGCUCGAGUCAUUGGCAUCCGGAGUUCAAGUUAGUUGCCACAAUACCAUCCUAACAACAGCAGCCUCAGCCAGUUCAUCACCUUCCUGUACCUCCCCCAUCACCCAGACUCAACAAUUGCCAGCCAUUAGCAGUGUUAUAAAUGGAUUAAAUGGUGGCUCUUUGCAUCACAAUGGUUCACCGGGCUCGGCAGGUCUUACAGUUACCUCUUCGCCCUAUCAUCAGUUGGCCAUAAUAGCUUCGCCCAUAGUCAUAACCUCAGCUACUUUGGAUGGUUGUGGAGCUGAAAUGGGUGCUCAAAGUGUGGCUUUGCAGCAAUUGGGAGGAUCUCUAAAUGCUGGUAGAGUGUCUACAUCUCUGGGUCAGUUAGGAGGAGGAGUAGGAGGCGGUAGCGGCUUAGGAUCAGCUGUUGGUUCUUCCUUUAAGAGAGGCAGUAGUGUAAUGCAUCCUUCUUCAUUGGCUUAUGCCACCAAUGCCUAUGUUAUUGGGGCUCCUGGUACAGCCACAACCUGUGCCUCAGCUUUAGGUGGCUUGGAGCAAACUAUGGAUGGCAGUCCUUUGCUGUCGUUUUCCGAAGUUACUAAUACUCUAUUGAAUCAGUAG